CCCAUCUCCUCCCAGAUCAAAUCCAACCGGGACAGAGACACCAAGAUCUUCUACAGCAUCACGGGGCAGGGGGCGGACGCCCCCCCCGAGGGCGUCUUCACCAUCGAGAAGGAGUCGGGCUGGAUGAAGGUGACGCAGCCGCUGGACCGGGAGCGCAUCGACAAGUACCACCUCUUCUCCCACGCCGUGUCCGAGAACGGCAAACCGGUGGAGGAGCCGAUGGAGAUCAUAGUCACGGUGACGGACCAGAACGACAACAAGCCCCAGUUCACGCGGGAGGUCUUCAGGGGCUCCGUGCCGGAGGGCGCUUUGCCGGGCACCUCCGUGAUGCAGGUGACCGCCACGGAUGCGGACGAUGUGGCGGAGACCUACAAUGGCGUCAUCGCCUACUCCAUCCUCAGCCAGGAGCCGCGGGAGCCCCAUCCCUACAUGUUCACCGUCAACAGGGGCACCGGCACCCUCAACGUCAUUGCCAGCGGCCUCGACCGGGAGCGCGUGUGGGAGUACACGCUGACCGUGCAGGCAGCCGACCUGGAUGGCGAGGGGCUGACCACGACGGCGCUGGUGGUGAUUGAGAUCACGGACGUCAACGACAACGCCCCCGAGUUUGACCCCAAAACGUACGAGGCGGCUGUGCCGGAGAACAAGGCUGGGCGGGAGGUGGCCCGGCUGGCCGCCACCGACCUGGACGAGCCGAGCACGCCGGCAUGGCGAGCCGUCUACUCCAUCCUGCGCGGCAACGAGGGAGGUGCCUUCGCCAUUGCCACCGACCCCGCCAGCAACGAGGGCGUCCUCCGCACCGCCAAGGGUCUGGACUACGAGGCCAAGAAGCAGUUCGUUCUUCACGUGGUCGUGGCCAACGAGGCCCCCUUCGCUGUGAAGCUGCCGACGGCCACCGCCACGGGGGGGGAGGAGAUCAGCGAGGCGCCCGUCUCCACCCCGCCAGUGCAGCUUGCCCGGGUGCCGGAGGACGUGCCGCCGGGGCAGACCCUCGCCUCCUGCACGGCCCAGGACCCCGACAAGGCCCAGGGGCAGAGGAUCAAGUACCUGGUGGGGCAUGACCCGGCGGGCUGGCUGGCCGUGCACCCCGAGAACGGCCUCGUGACGGCGUGGGACCACCUGGACCGCGAGUCCCCCUUCGCCAAGAACAGCCCCUACACCGCCGUGCCGCUGGCCGUGGACGACGGCUUGCCGCCCGCCACGGGCACCGGCACCCUGCUCCUCACCCUGCUCGAUGUGAACGACCACGGCCCCGAGGCCGAGCCCCGGGACAUCACCAUCUGCAACCGCAGUCCCCAGCCCCAGGUCCUCGCCAUCACCGACAGGGACCUGCCCCCUAACACCGGCCCCUUCCGUGCCGAGCUCAGCCACGGCUCGGGGGCCAGCUGGGCCAUGGAGGUCAGCGAUGAAGGUGACACGGUCACCCUGCGGCUGGUGGCACCGCUGGAGCCAGACCUCUACAGCGUCUACCUGCGGCUCCUCGACCAGCCGGGCAAAGCCCAGCUCACCGUCGUCACUGCGCGGGUCUGCGACUGCGAGGGGCCGGCGCAGAGCUGUCCCCAGAGACCCCAGCCCGCCACCGGCCUGCCCUUCGUCUUCGCCGCCCUGGGCGCCCUCCUGGCCUUGCUGCGUGAUCAUCCUGCUGCUGCUGCUGCUAUCCUGCUGCUGCUGCUGCUCUUCGUGAGGAGGAGGAAGGUGACGAAGGAGCCGCUGCUGCUGCCUGAGGAUGACACGCGGGACAACGUCUUUUACUACGGGGAGGAGGGUGGCGGGGAGGAGGACCAGCCUGGGCUGUCCCUGCUGUAG